AGCCGAUAUAUAUGGAUGCCAGAUGGUGAUGGCACACUCCACCUAGUCGAUCUACACGCCCCUGUAGACGAAGAAUAUCUUAACACCAGAAAUGGUGCUAAUAACGCAUACUGGCUCUUCACACGGCAAAAUCCAACUAAUCGUGACAUAUUAGUGAACGGUAACGCAAACUCGAUCCGUAACUCAAAUUAUAGAGGCAACCGACCGACCAAGGUUAUUGUACAUGGGUGGAGCAGCAGUGGAACAUCUAGCUUAAAUCCAAUGAUUACUUCUCAAUUCCUGCACGCGGGAGACUUCAACGUGAUUGUCGUAGACUGGAGCAGAGCUGCCAGUGGGGCGUACACCACGUCCGUCCGUGCAGUGCCUGAUGUCGGCCGACAUCUUGCCAGUUUCCUUACAUUCCUAUUUCAAACUGCUGGGGGUAACUGGAACAACCUUCAUCUAGUUGGACACAGCUUGGGUGCUCACAUAGUGGGUAAUGCAGGCCGCGCUGCUCCCAGUCUCCCUGUUCGUGUUACUGGUAUGGAUCCCGCUGGUCCUCAGUGGGGUGGUAAUGCUAACGCUUUAAAUGCCCGCUCUGGUGUUUUUGUUGAAUCAAUCCACACUGAUGGCGGCAGGCUUGGUAUCAUGGACCCUAUUUCCGACGCUGAUUUUUACCCCAAUGGUGGCACAAACCCACAGCCUGGCUGCCGAACAAGUGACUGCUCGCACGGCCGUGCCUAUGAGUUUUUCGCCUCCAGCGUUAGAACCAAUCACUUAGUCGGUAGACGCUGUAAUAAUUUGCAACAGGCUCGAGACGUCCAAUGCAGUGGUGCUGCACUAAACAUGGGCAAUAUGAUACUAGGAAAACGAGGAAACGGUCUAUUUGGAAUGAGAACUCAAGCUGCCUGGCCAUUCUAA